CAGCGUGAAGGACCGUCAAGACCCGCAAACAAGGCGCUGGGGGUGGCGGCGGGGACCAGCGCCAGGGACGAGCUGCUUCAAGCGGGGCGCCACCCGCUCCAAGAGCGACUUCACCGCCGCGCCCGGGAAGUGAUUUCUCAUAUUGGAAAGCUGAAAGAUUUUCUUCUACAACACAGAAAGGACUACAUUAAUGCUUAUAGCCAUGUUAUGUCUGAGUAUGGGAGGAUGACGGAUACGGAGCGUGAUCAGAUAGAUCAAGAUGCUCAGGUGUUUAUGAGAACGUGUGCUGAUGCCAUUCAUCAGCUGAGAACAGAAGCACACAGGGGUGUCCUGUCUGCUCAGGUAAAGGAGCACAGAACCGCUGUCUUGGACUUCAUUGAAGAUUACUUAAAAAGAGUGUGCAAGCUGUAUUCUGAACAAAGAGCCAUCCGAGUUAAGCGAGUGAUAGAUAAGAAGAGACUGUCCAGACUUGAACCUGAGCAGACCAAUGUGUCCAAAUCACCUCUAUCCACUGAAAAAUCUUCAUUAAAUCCUUUAGAUGAUUCUGAAGAAAAACUUUCUGCUGAGGAAAGUAAAGACAGGAAUCUGCCUGAUGCCCAGAGUAACCUUGGAUUAUGGGGGGAUGGCAAAGGAGAAGAUGAGCUGUCACCUGAAGAAAUACAAAUGUUUGAACAGGAGAACCAGAGACUUGUUGGUGAAAUGAACAAUCUCUUUGAUGAAGUCAGACAAAUUGAAGGAAAAGUGGUGGAAAUCUCCAGAUUACAAGAGAUAUUCACUGAGAAAGUCUUGCAACAGGAAACUGAUAUUGACAAUAUCCAUCAAUUAGUUGUGGGUGCAACAGAGAAUAUCAAAGAAGGCAACGAAGACAUAAGAGAGGCCAUCAAAAACAAUGCUGGAUUUAGAGUGUGGAUCCUAUUCUUCCUUGUGAUGUGUUCAUUUUCCUUGCUUUUCCUGGACUGGUAUGAUAAUUAAUUAAACAUACUAUUGUCUACGUGCUUUGUUUGUAAAACUUUUGACUUUUUUUUCAAUGGAGUUGGGUAUAUGGCAUACCUACAUAUUUUAUGCAUUUUUUUCAUACCUCUGUGAUGGAAAUAUUUUCCAAUAAAUAAGUGUGUGCAUAUA